AUGAGUCUAAAAUCGUCCAAACACAUCGCUGAAGUUCUGGAUGAACUUGAAGAUAGUUUGACUGACGAAGAACAUUUCGAUGAUAAUGAUGUGGCUAUAAACGAUGUUGUUGACGUUCCACACGAUGUGCGUGGAACAUUUGAAAUUUUAACAAGUUCUGGUGCAGUUAAUACUUCAAAACCAAAUCCUUCCAAAAAACGUAGGGAAACACUCCCUAAAAGGAAAUCAAAAAUGCACCCCAACUAUAAUGAUGUACCCAUUAACGAAGAACAAAAAUGUGUUGCCCAAUUAGUUGAAAAUUAUGGUGGGACCAACGUGUUGCAAUGUUUUUUAUUAUUUUUCGAUGAUACUGUUAUUAAUCUCAUAAUAGAUAAUUCAAAUAAAUAUGCUACCUACUGUAACAGACAUAACUUUUCUUUAGGAAAGUCAAAUUUAUUAAAAUUUAUCGGUAUUAUGAUCUUAACUGGUUACCAUAGUUUACCAAAAAUCGAAAACUAUUGGUCAAAAGAUGAAGACAAAGAAAUAAUUUUAGUAAGGAAAACAAUGUCGAAGAACAAAUUUAAAAAUAUAAAACAAAAUUUACAUUUAUCUGACAAUAAAAACCUUGAUUUGACCGAUAAAUUUGCUAAGUUGCGACCUUUUUUCAAUAUAUUGAAUGAAAAGUUUUCUCAGUUCGGAAUAUUUUCUCAUAAUCUUUCAAUUGAUGAAGAAAUGGUGCCAUAUUUUGGUCGGCAUUCUUGUAAAAUGUUCAUCAAAGGGAAACCUGUUAGAUUUGGUUUCAAGUUGUGGUGCUUGACAUCUGAGAAUGGCUAUUUGUAUAAAUUUUUACCUUAUGGUGGUGCUAGUACAAAAAGAGUGGAUGGUUUACCUCUUGGUUCGGAGGUUGUUUAG